GUAGGCCCGCCCACUGAUCCGGAUCCGCCUCGGGAGUGAACUGGGCUCUUAUUCAGUGAAUUAUCUCUGUUUAUGACUCGGUUGGAGGUCCAUUAGAAACCAGUGUGAGUCUCGUCCCUGUACCUUCCCCGUCCGGAGUGACAGAACUGCUCAUUGAUCUGCUUUUCAGGAGAAUUUGGGACCAACGAGCAACCGGACCUACAAGUUUAGCAGGUGCAGGUGUAAGCUGGUCAUACCUGAUGCUCCUGUGCGUCCUGUCCCUUUCCAGCCACGUCUGACUGCUCUUCUGUGCUUCCACAAUGAAAGCUCUGAUUCUCGUCGGGGGCUACGGCACUAGAUUACGGCCCCUCACUCUCAGCGUGCCAAAGCCACUGGUGGAAUUCUGCAACAAACCCAUUCUCCUCCAUCAAGUGGAGGCUUUAGUGAAGGCUGGAGUCCGUCAUGUCAUUCUGGCUGUGAGCUACAUGUCUGAACUCCUGGAGAGAGAAAUGAAAGCGCAGGAACAGAGACUCGGGAUAAAAAUCUCCCUUUCGCAUGAGAAGGAGCCUCUGGGUACAGCUGGUCCACUUGCUUUGGCCCGGGAACUGCUGACUGACAACGAGGAGGCCUUUUUUGUGCUCAACAGUGACGUCAUCUGUGACUUUCCCUUUGAGGACAUGCUUAAAUUCCAUAAGAACCACGGCAAGGAAGGCACCAUUGUUGUAACAAAAGUAGAGGAGCCGUCGAAGUAUGGUGUGGUGGUGUAUGAGGGAGAAACUGGCCGCAUUCACCGCUUUGUUGAGAAGCCACAGGUUUUUGUCUCCAACAAGAUCAACGCUGGAAUGUACAUCUUCAGCCCCUCAAUGCUGAGGAGAAUCCAGCUACGACCCACUUCCAUUGAGAAGGAGAUUUUCCCAGUCAUGGCUGAGGAGGGGCAUCUAUACGCCAUGGAGCUGCAAGGUUUCUGGAUGGACAUUGGGCAGCCGAAAGACUUCCUCACUGGUAUGUGCAUGUACCUACAGUCCGUCAGACAGCACGCUCCGGAGAGACUCCGUACUGGGCCCGGAUUCCUUGGCAAUGUGCUGGUGGACCCUACGGCGGUCAUUGGGGAGAACUGUACGAUCGGGCCUAAUGUGACCAUCGGGGCUGGAGUUGUUCUGGAGGACGGCGUGCGGAUCAAACGCUGCACAGUGCUGAAGGGCGCUCACAUCCGCUCUCACUCCUGGCUGGAGUCCUGCAUCGUGGGCUGGAGCUCUUCUGUGGGACAGUGGGUGCGGAUGGAGAACGUGACGGUUCUGGGAGAAGACGUGAUAGUCAACGAUGAGCUCUACAUCAACGGUGCCAACGUUCUGCCCCACAAGUCCAUCACAGACUCCGUGCCUGAGCCUCGCAUCAUCAUGUAGAACACACACACACUUCUCACUAAGUGCCCGAGUAUGUGUCAAGAGGGCACCAGCAGUUUGAGGACGUCCUGCAGAGGACGCUGAAGGGAAAACUGACCAGUUGUGAAAAGGUCAUUAGAACCAGGCCUGGGUCGAAUAUUUGUUGAGCGUAUUGUAAGGGUUGGGAAAUGAGAGACAAUUCUGAGAAAAAUGUAUGCAAUCUGAGAACACAUUUGUGUGUUUAACCCUCAUGUUUAGGAUCUAGAUGAAGGUUUAUCUAGAUUAGAUGUUCCCAUGCAUCUGUUACAGGCCAUACUUGAGCGUCGUCGUCAAAUUCACUGUGCAUUGUCGGCAGCGGCUUCCGAUGCUGAGCUCAUUCGUGGCAAAGGCUGGAUAUGAUGUCACGUUGCCUUAAAAACAAAGAAGGGACACUUGAUGUCCCUUAUGCAGCUUUAUCUUCUUUGUCGCGUUUGUUUUGAUCGUCGUUUCCUUGCUUCUGUUCCAUGCUGAUGAUUUGUGAUAAAUAGGAUACCCUGGGAAAUAUAUGUCUGUGGUGAUAGACUUGCAGUACAGGUUUAGUUUAGCUUAGCCUAGGAGCGCUUGGUCUGGAACUGAUAACGGUGCCAUAGGAUCUAAUUACUUUGUUAUUUCACAAGUUCAUGUGAAUAACAGCAACGGAUGCAGCAACACUAAGAUUAAAAAGCCAUGCCAGAAUGUUGAAAUGAAGGCCCUCAAUGUUUUCUUUCCAAAUUUGUAGAUUAUUUACAUGUAGGUUAUUAACAAAACUACUAGUCUGAAUCUGUGAGUGAGAGUGCAACAUGUGGUGGCAACUUGGUGAAGAUAAUGUAUUAACUUUUUUUGGUAAAAAGCAUGAACUGACUAUGAAGUAUUUGAACGAUGCCACUGAACUGUCUCAGCACAGAUGAUAUGAACACUUUUAAUGAAGACAUUUUUUAUCAGAAUUAAUAUAAAGUGUAAGCAAGCAGUC